ACAAAAGUACAACGAAUCGCCGUGAAUGGAAUGAAAGUAUUGAAAUAUUGAAAUAUUGUUUGUGUUGAUGGUCAGUGCAGAUUUCAAAACAACAAAGUUGUGUUUUCGUGAAAUCGAUUUGGAUGUUUCUAGCAUAGUGCCAUCCCUUUUUGGCCCACUGACAAUCAAAGACCAAGUUAACGUUAACAAAAAAGCUCGACUCAACAAGCCCCAGCCAUACCGACUGCUCUGUCUGUCAUUCAAUGGAAAUCGAAGUCACUUAGUGCCACUGCCUUUGCCACUGCACUUGCCGGAUCACUUGUGCGUGAGCAGCGAUCUCUUCUAGGAAGCAUCCACAAAUGGCAACUAAACAACAGUUAGACGGACAAAAACGAUUUAACAAAGCAGCAGCAGCAACAACAACGGGAGCAGCAGCACAGAUAAGUCGGCAAGCCAAAUUUGACUUAAAUUAUUGCACGCAACAGCGGCAACAUCGGCAACAUCAGCGGCAAACCGCAACAAGACGCACAUAUAUUGCAACGCAGCGGCAGCAGAAUUUCCAUUCUACAGCGAAAACAAUUGUGGAAAUCGUGUGGAAAACAUAAAACAAUAGUGAGGAGACGACCAAGAUAGCAAAAUCAGCUAAAGGAAAAACCAGCAACAACAAAAUAGAGCAACAGCAACAACGUUUUUUUUUUUUUUUGGUUUUUUUUUUGGUAUAUAUGCUUUGGUUACGAUGUCGUUGAUGGAUAUUCAUCGAAGCAAUGAAUCAUUUUGGCGUAGUUGUUGUUGUUAUUGCUGGUUGUUGUGUUUGCUGUUAUUGCUAGUUGUGGUAGAGACAGCUCCAGGGACGACAACGACGACAGUCAGUGAAACGCAAACGAAUGCAACUAAUGGUGCAAUUAGAGAAACAGAGGUGAGUGUAGCAGCCACACAGUCACAGGCGGAGGUGCAACACAAUGUAACAGCGGCAGCAAUGGCGUCGGCAACGGCAACGGCAACGAUGACUGCAGGCAGCGAAAGUCCGCAAGUGCCAGUAAAUUCAGCGGAAAUUUUAAGUUCCAGCGAUGUGGAUGUUGUUGGCGACAAACCCAUCACAUAUCGGCCUUCUGGUGCUAGCCGGCCGUCGUUAGCACCUUCGAACUCUGCGCAGGAUCGGGAACGCAAACUAAUGAAUGUUCUAGCCGCUCGCCGUUCGGCACUUCACCGGGGCGGCUUUCGCACACGCAUUGGCACCACUGGUCGAAGUGCUAUAUCCCCAGCGGCUGUGGCAGCCAUUGAAACCACCUCGAAGUCCCCUAGCGAUCCGCGUUCGGUGUGCAUUCGCAAUUGCACAAAGAAUUUCACAAGGCGGACAACAGCAAGUUGUAUGCGGCAAUGCGCCAACUUCACACGCAUGGCAAUGGCGGGAACAGCAAAUAGUACGGUGGCGCAGAGAGAUAGAAGUUCAGCAAAGGUGACCAGUGAUCGGGACACCAAUGAAAUACUUUUCAGUGACGAGUCCUCCCAUGGACUUUUUGUAGUGGCCAAGGAGCAGAAUGAUACAGUGAAUCACAUAGCAGCUGCCACCAAGUCGCCGACGAAUGGAAAACAGCGAGGACGCAGCAAGCCGGCAAUAUCCACAGCUAAUUCGGCGGAGGAAGAAGACGAAGAUGAGGACGAACUGCAACCGUAUGUUUAUUUUGGAGCUUUGUUGCCACCAAUUAAACCCGCAUCUCUCAGCAUUACGGCUGCAGUCGGUGAUGAUGAGCAUCCUCGAGUGCUGGAAGUUUCGGUGGCUAGCACGAGUGCCAGCACUACCACAAGUUCCACAACCACCACCACGACCACCACUCCAGUUCCGAAAGAGGAAGCAACAGUGAGGGUCUCCACACGACGUCCAUUGACUGCUGUGGAACGGAGCAGGAGUCGUUAUAAAUAUCACAUGCGAGAGCGCGGAGUGUCACCACCAGUUCCACCGGCCAUACCAGCCGCGAUUCCAAGUAGCCGGACGCGUUAUGUAGGAUCUGGACGACCUACUGUAGGAUUAAAUGAUGAAGAUACCCUUUUAAAGCCUAUACCAACUGGUCGCAGAGUGAUGAGGCCCCCUGCCUCUUCGACACCACUGAUUAUCACUGUGCUUAGUGCAGAGGAUGAAACCACAAUAAAACGUAUUGAAGAUGUGCCCACUACAAAUAGUCCAACCACUACGAGUGCAAUGACUUCAACCAGCAGUACAUCAACAACAACAACAACAACAACAACAACUACAACGACAACAACAACAACAACAACACCGUCACCGGCACCACCUUCAUUCCCAUCACCGCCUGUUACCACUUCAAUGCCAACUACCACUAAAAAGCCGCCCACAACUACAACUCAAAGCCUUCCAUCCACCCGCACCACCACCACUACUAAAGCUCCUAGCUCCACCACUACUGUUAAGCGUAAAACGAUAAUAGAAGAGGACACCGAACGUCUGCGAGCCUUAGGGCCGCUACUUACCCAGGAGGUCAGUGAGGAUCAGGGGAAUCUUAUUAUAUUUUGCAACAACACCGACGACUGUGGAAUCACACCGCUAAGCACGACCACCGAUUCAAAUUCAAAGAUUCUACGCACUACAGUACUCACAUCUGUACGUUCAACUGUGAAUCCACGAAUCUCCACAUCGACCCAAGUUCCAGCUGUUUUCAUUGGCGUCCUCGAGUCUUCAUCCUCAUCGCAAUCUACUCCGAUGGAUAUUAGCUCCACAUCGAUUGCCGAUGAGCGUGAUGUGGGUCUCGAAAUGCGUCGCAUGAAUCUUGUUACCCUUGUGCUAGUGGCUGUGGGUAUUAUUCCGCUUGCCGCGAUCAUCCUCUAUCUGGUGCGCAACUAUGUAGUGCGUCGAAGGGCCAAACAAGGCGAAGUAUUCGACGUCUGCAUCACCGAUCAGCAGCCUAUCAGCCCAGUGAAGAAAGUGGACUCCAAGUAUCAGCUGGACGAUGAAGAAGAUGAGGUUGACCAUCAUCAUCACCGUGAUGCUAACCACAAUCGGUAUGGAGAUGGUGACAAAAGCUCACUGGCAAGUGAAUUUCAGGAAUUCGAUCGCAGCAACAUUCGCCUAAAAAGUCUUUUGGGUGAGGGAAAUUUCGGACAAGUAUGGAAGGCCGAAGCUGAUGACCUAAGUGGACAUUUUGGUGCAACCCGCAUUGUAGCUGUGAAAACAAUUCGUGCCUGCAGCGCCCAGGUUAGCCUUAAGGAAGAGGCGAGCAUUAUGCGCAAACUGGGCUCUCAUCAAAACGUUGUCACCCUGUUGGGAGCUUGUGUAGAAAGUGAGCCCCAUAUGCUAAUCAUGGAAUAUGCAAUGCGCGGACGGCUUUUAUCCCUGCUGAGAGCAGCUCGUAGCGCCACUAACAUUUUACCGGCUUCCGUGCCAGGAGGACGUAGUUUGGCCCCUUUGUCACCACGUACUUUGGCGGGAUUCGCCUUGGACAUAGCCUGUGGCAUGGAGUAUAUUGCCGGCAGAAGAAUUGUCCACCGUGAUUUAGCUGCACGGAACGUUUUACUUGACCAUAAUGGCAUGUGCAAAAUCUGUGACUUUGGAAUGUCAAUUGAUCUAGAUGCUGAGCGUUUGCGCAAGGAACAGGAGAAGAAUGUCGCAAAUGAUCUGAUGCGGCAUAAAUUCAAAUUCGAUUUUGGAAGCCGCUAUAUUCUCCAGCAUUGGCAACACACCUUUGGCCAGGGUCAGGAGAAUUCGCAUCACACUCCAUCUGAGAAGAAGUCGCAUGGCCACGACACAAUAGGCAAGAGACAUGCUUUGCCCAUUCGGUGGAUGGCUCCCGAGAGUCUGCAGUAUCACAUGUUUACAACCGAAACAGAUAUUUGGGCCUUUGGCAUUGUGCUCUGGGAGAUUGCAACUUUGGGCUCGACUCCCUACAGCCAAUUGACUGGCCGCGAAGUUAUUCGCCGCGUACCACAAGGCCUCCGUCCCGAACUACCCAAGGAGAGCCGGCAUGAGUUUUAUAAUCUUAUGUCGCGUUGCUGGCAUAAAGAGCCGCACUUGCGUCCCUCCUUUGGACAGUCACGUCUAGAAAUCACUCGAUCGCUGCACAAAUGGGUGGACGAUGAUUCCGCAGCCUCCGAUUAUAUGGAUGUGAGCGGCUUUAGUGAGGAUCUCGAACAUGGUGUGGUCUACUUCAAUCACCGCAUCUCCGAGUUUGAGUGCGAAAUAUGACGCUGACUGAAUCAAAUUACCCACCAUCCACUAGCCAACCAUUCAUAGUUGAACAUAAUUACCAAAACCACCAUCACCACCACCAAGACUAUCUUUAUGAGCAAGUCAUCUCCCUGUUUCCGUCUAGUAGCUCUGUAAAUCUCGUUAUAUUAUUUUCUAAAUUUUUAGCGAGCAGUAUUAUUGUAUUUUUAUU